CAGUCUCUUCUCCCAUCUCAAGUCUUCACACAAGCAGCGUCCCUUCUCUCACUCUCACCCUUGUUCGCCCAGUUUGUUGAAUCGCAACGUGUUUCCCAGGUCCUAAAAAACGUGAAGGUCAUUUCUAACGGAGGUGUCACUGUUGGCGGCCACAAACACCACCGCCCUCAGUUUCAAGACCCCAUUAUCCGCUCUUCCGAUCUGGUUGAGAAUGCGAUUGAGAACGCGUUCUGGAUCGAUUUCCACAACCAAUUCGACCAGCGCACGCGCUUUACAGAACUCGUCAAAGAGCACCCUGGAAUCACUAUGCGACACGAGUUCUGGGAUGCCCUUAACGCCGUGUCAAUUACUGUACGGGACGAGAGUGUUUUGGGGGAGAUUCUUGACCAGAUCUCAGGGAUCAAGAUGAUCGAGCCCGUGGUCAUACACGAUAGACCCGACUAUAUCAAGGAGCCUCUUCAUGUCCAUAAACAAAGUGCCUCAAGAAUGAAAAAAUACGCCGUGCAUGAUCUUACAGGAGUGAAGGAAGUGCACGAAUCGCUCAAGCUGUUUGGGAAUGGUAUCAAGAUCGGGAUUAUUGAUUCUGGUGUUGACUACCAUCACCCGGCUCUAGGAGGAUGCUUUGGACCUGGAUGCAAGAUUGCAUACGGAACGGAUUUUGUCGGAGAUGAUGGAAAUAGUCCUGACGACGAUCCUAUGACUGACUGCGAUGGGCACGGUACACAUGUUGCUGGGAUUAUAGCAGCCAAUGAUACCGCUUUCCUUGGAGUUGCUCCUCAAGCAAUUCUCGGCGCAUACAGAGUUUUCGGAUGCAAAGGUGGUACAAGCAAUGAUUUGAUCAUGAAGGCGCUUCUGCGUGCUGCAGCGGAUGGAAUGCAGGUCAUCAACCUGUCUCUUGGAGGUCCAGGUGGAUGGCGCCAGGAUCGGGAGGCGCGUCUUGCAGAUGCACUGGCCAUAAAAGGAACUAUUAUUGUCGCUGCCAUGGGUAAUGAGGGUCAGAUGGGUCUUUUCGAGUCAUCCUCACCUGGCGUUGCAGAGUCUGUUAUCACAGUAGCCUCGAUCGAGAAUGAGUCCAGAAGCAACAUGUAUUUUAUGGUGGACCAGUCCGCGCUCAAGGGCAAGUCCGUUGAUGUGAAGGACGCUGAUGGUGAUAAGGACGACGCGAACAAAAAGUCAGAGCAACCGCGAUCAAUAUUGUAUAUGGGAGACUUUGAUAUGAAUCUGACCAAUACUGCGCUUGUACAAGUCGCCCCAGGAACGUCGGGUCAAGUCAAGGAGGAUGCAUGCCACGCUAUCGAUACUGACCUGAAGGGAAAGAUCGCUCUCAUUCGCCGCGGCGGUUGCACUUUCAAGGUCAAGGUUGCAAAUGCAGCUCUGGCCAACGCGACCGGUGUGAUUAUUAUGGACAACGUUCCUUCCAAUGGUUUUGCUGGAGACACAUCAGGAGCCAUAAUCAAAUCCAGGACCAUUACCCUGGACGAUGGCGAAUACCUGCUCAGGACAAUUGCUGAAGAGAAGAAGGAGGUCGAGGGCAUCAAGCUCGUUGCGGGUGUCGGGCCCAAGGAGGUCGUUAACCCGAAUGGUGGCUUCUUAUCAAUCUUUUCGUCCAUGGGACCGGACUCAGAGCUGAACUCGAAGCCGGAUAUUGCUGCACCAGGCGGCCAGAUCUGGUCAACUUUCCCUAUCAAGUUUGGUUCAUACGCCACUCUCUCUGGGACAUCGAUGGCUACACCCUAUGUCGUUGGAUGCGUUGCGCUCUAUCUGGAAGGGCUUCCCAAUGCAGACCGCUCAGCAAAAGGCAUCAAGGUUGCGUUCCAGAACAGUGCUCAACCGCGUUUGCAGCAAACGGGGUAUAAAGGGUUUGCUUCGGUUACACAACAGGGAGCUGGCCUCCUCAGUAUGAUGAGUGUCCUCAAGACCCGGGUUAUCAUCACGCCCUCUAGCAUCUCUCUCAAUGACACAGUUAACAUGAAUUCGAAGCAGAAGAUCACUAUUACCAACAACGGUCAGACGCCACUACAGUACGAGCUUGAUGUCGUUUCUGCCGCAGGUCUCUUGCCCUUUGACAAGAACAUGAUGGUUGAAAAGAAUCCGCAGAUCAUCACUGCCAAGGCUUCGGUCAAGGUUCCUCAUAGUACCGUAAUUGUCGCGCCUGGUUCCUCGAUGACCGUCGAGAUGAUGUUCACAGGACCCGAUACAAAUCCCUCGCAGUAUGUGAUAUACUCGGGAUACAUCCGCUUCACACCUAGGACUAUCAGCUCAGAGUCGCCAGUGAUGCAUGUACCUUACAUGGGAAUGCACGGCAACUACAAGAACGUCAAUGUCCUUGAUCCGGUCUUUGGUCUCCGCAUCUUUGAUGCUCGUGGACGUCCCCUUUAUGCCAGCCGUAGCCGAGGCUUGGGCUCUGCAAGUAGGCAGAGUAGUUCCCGCAAUGAUACACUGAAGGCCGGCUCAGGCGGGGCUAUCAGCAAGAAGACCCGAAGUAUCCGCUUUAACGCACCAGACGCUUCUACAGCCACCCCGUCUGCCUCUGAAAGUCGCCCGCGCAGAUCGCCUGGUCUGAUGAAGAUUGUUUUUCGCAUGAUCACAGCCAGUGAGGUCUUGGUCCUUGAUCUGGUCUCGGAUAAGGGUGACGAUCCCUACCAGGUCAAGAGCUAUGGUGUUCUCAAGAACGGAAUUGCACGAUACGUGUCUAGGAGUGACCAGAUCGAAGGCAACGCAUUCCAGGUCAUGGGAUGGGAUGGGCAGGUGCUGUUGGACGACGGCGUGAGGGCUAAGCCAGCAGAUGCCCCUGUGGGGCAGAAGUUCAGGUUGAGAAUCUCGCUCUUAAAGCACUUUGGGAACCAGGAUAAUGAUAUCGACUUCGAGUCGCACCUUACAGAACCAUUCACAUUAUCCUAGACAUGAUCUGAAAAAGGCAGCGCCAGCUCUAUCUAUUAUAUAUAGUCGUUUAUAUAUAUAUAUAUAAUAAUACACCAAUAAUGAAUAAAGAUCUAUUUGGAGCCAUUACUUACCAUUCAGCACCAAUUACUACCGUGUAUGCCAAAGAUAAUUAACUACAGCACGGUAGCAAAC